GGUUCUCAUAGGUGUGCGCGCUUUCGCGUGCAACGCGUUGCGUGUGUUGCUGACGUUGGAGCGGUGUUGUCCGUUUUUGUUUGUUUGAAAAAAAAAAAAAGGGAAACUAGGAAAGCACGUUUUCACCUGGACGCCAGCAGCACUGUAAACAGCGCGGAGGGGUCAUCCGAUCGGCCAUGGCUUUAUCUUUACGGGUGUUCGCUUUAUAAAAGCUGUCGUGCGCGCGGUUUUUGUGAAGUGUUUGCGCGUGUGAAAAACUCUACAAAAAGUGCGUGACCUCCCUCAUCGUUGUGCUGUUGUAUACGUGGUGCCCAAGAUUAUUAUGUCGGCGAUUGUGGAUCAGACGCCCAACACGGCCAAGUCUGUGAUUGAUCUCUUCGUACCAAACCACGACCCAGCGUCGGGUGAAGAGACGAUAGAAUGCGAUGGCCUCAACGAGAAGACGGUCCUUGUGAGUCCAUCGUCAGAGCAGUAUGACGCUCUGGAGAACUUGCUGAAGCAGCGGUUACGAAAAGGACACGGUGAAGUCAUCUACGAGAUCGGGACUGGAGGUGAAGGCGAUGCCGGGCUCACGGCCGACAAAAUGGAUGCCUCGGUGGCCACCUUACAGAGCAUCGCGGCGAGGCAGGACUGCGACUGCGUCCGGUUACGGGAGAGAAAAGCUGCCGAGGGCCUGGUCGCCGAGUACCUGGUGCGACGACGGGCCAAAGAGAAUGACUUCGUGGAAGUCAGGGUAGCUGUGGUGGGCAAUGUCGACGCCGGCAAGAGCACUCUACUGGGUGUGCUCACUCACGGCGAGCUGGACAACGGCCGCGGCUUGGCUCGGCAGCGGCUGUUCCGGCACAAGCACGAGGCCGAGUCUGGCCGCACCUCGUCCGUGGGGAACGACAUCUUAGGCUUUGACUCGCGGGGGAACGUGGUGAACCAGCCGGACCCACAUGGGGGACAGCUUGACUGGAUGCGCAUCUGCGAGCAGUCCUCGAAGGUGAUCACGUUCAUUGACUUGGCUGGCCACGAGCGUUACCUGAAGACCACCAUCUUUGGCAUGACGGGGCACGCCCCCGACUUCACCAUGCUCAUGGUGGGUGCCAACGCAGGCGUGGUGGGCAUGACCAAGGAGCACCUGGGCCUGGCCCUGGCGCUGAGCGUUCCCGUGUUUGUCGUGGUCACCAAGAUGGACAUGUGCCCGGCCAACGUCCUGCAGGACACCAUGCGCCUGCUCGUGCGCAUCCUCAAGUCGCCGGGCUGCCGCAAGAUCCCCGUCGUGGUCCACUCGGCCGACGAUGUGGUCGUCUGCGCCACCAAUUUCGUCUCCGAAAGGUUAUGCCCCAUAUUCCAAGUGUCCAACGUGACCGGUGAGAACCUGCUGCUGCUGAAGAUGUUCUUGAACCUGCUCUCUACGCGGAUGCCCAACCUCGACUCGGAGCCUGCAGAGUUCCAAGUGGACGACACCUAUUCGGUCCCCGGCGUGGGCACAGUGGUGUCGGGCACCACCCUGAAGGGUGUCAUUCGGCUGAACGAGGUGCUCCUGCUGGGACCGGACCCCCUGGGCCACUUCCAGCCCGUGGCGAUCAAGUCCAUCCACCGGAAACGAAUGCCCGUCAAGGAAGUUCACAGCGGUCAGACAGCCUCCUUUGCGUUGAAAAAGCAAGUGAAGCGCUCGGAUAUCCGCAAGGGCAUGGUGCUGGUGUCGCCCAAGCUGGAGCCCAAGUCCUGCUGGGAGUUCGAGGGUGAGAUUCUGGUGCUGCACCACCCGACCACCAUCAGCCCACGCUACCAGGCCAUGGUCCACUGUGGCAGCAUACGGCAGACGGCCUCCAUCCUGUCCAUGUCGACCGACUGCCUGCGCACGGGCGACAAGGCACUGGUGCGCUUCCGCUUCAUCAAGAACCCCGAGUACCUGCGUCCGGGCAUGCGGCUGGUCUUCCGCGAGGGCCGCACCAAGGCUGUGGGCAACGUGCUGCGCCUCUUCCCGCCAGUGCCCGGCGGAGGCCACUACCACGGCGUUGCCAAGGCGGUGGCUAGCAAACCACAGCAGCAGGCCCGAAACAGCGUCGCACCAACUGCGUCCGAGAACAACGGCGAUGCCUCGAUGGCCGAGCACCAGACGACCAGUGAUACCACAUCAUCCGGGAGCUUAUCAACUGCCGCACCCAGGUCGGAGAACGAGCCACAGAAGGCCAGCAAACGCAACCGCGGCCGUUACCGGGGUCCCCGGAUGGCACCCAUCAUCUAAAGGAAACGUGUGCUCCCACUGCAGAGCACGUUUUUAAGAUUUUAUUUCACGUCACCCAACAAGGAUCCAUUGUGUGUACUUAAAAAAACCGGUGUGCCCGCCCACAUUCUCUGCCACUUCCUUUCGCCUCAAAGUUAGGCUUCUCAUUGGUGAAUCCUCAUUCCGGUCCUUGUUCUCCUGAUGUUCUUUAAUAUAGUUUUACUGGUGCAUUUUCUUUUUGUCGCCUUACCAUCUUCGCUUGUGCGUGUAAUAGGACUCACUCGCCACACAUCCAUUCCUGCUUGUGCAUCGAAAGGACUAGGCAACCAAGCAAGACCUUCGUCUGCGUGUGUUCAGAGCAACUUUAACCUUCACUAAUUGGAAAGUUUGUGCUCUCAAGCUCCUCAACUAGCUCAGUUACUUCACUUCGUUAACGCCGCAAACGCUGCACUUUACUGUUUCACUGGAAUUUUCGUUUUCUGCUAUGACUAUGUUACGCUUUUUUUUUUACCUGCCCUCAUGUAACGCCACUUGACUUCAGCUUUUUCUUCUUUUUUUUUGACACAUUUAGACAGUCACACGAUGCUACUUGUAAUGCUUCUGUGUUUGUUUCUUUUGUUUGUUUUUCUCGCUAUAGUACUUGGGUGAUUUCUACUGAUGAAUGGUGUGUUUCAACGUUGGCACUGUUCGUUGCCUGCACCCCAUGAUAAGUUAAGAUUUGCGCGAUGAAAAAUACUAUAUAAAUUUCACAAUUCAACCAACGUCUGACUCAAACUAGUGUUUCUAUAGCACGUUGCCGACUUUCAUGACAUCAAGAAACCUAAAUGAAUGAAAGGCAUACAUUCCCAGUGUUGUAGUGUUGUAGAGUGUAAUAUUUGAUUAUCUUCCGGUUCUCAGGAGAUGUUACCUGUGCAUGGCACAGGUUGGCAACCAUGUGUAAAAAAAAGAAAAAAAAGAAAACACUUUGUAAAGCAGCCUCAUAUGACGCCGUUUUUCUUCCGGCGCUAAGCCAACAAAUGCACACGUGGGACAUUGAAUUUGGAAACAGAACGCACUACAACCAAAUGUUGUUAAAGCUACAUCAAAUCUGUCUCAAAACAGGCUUUUUAUAUUCAAAACUUGUUCGAAACACGUAUAUGUUGCAACAUUACAGCAGCAUGACAUUUCUUCGUUUACUUCGUUAUAUCAGGUAAUCUAUUAUACACUCAAACCUCAUUAUAACGAAGUUACAGGAAAAUAACUUCGUUAUAUCCAAAAAAUCGUUGUAAAAGUAUAUUCCUAACACUGUAUGUAAGGCAAGACUAUUUUUCAUUUACUUCGUUAUAACCGAUAUUUCGUUAUAUCCGUGUUCGUUAUAUCGAGGUUUUAGUGUAUUCAGGUUAGACUUGUGGGGUGCUUCGUUUGUAGUAGGUUUGAGUACUGCUGGCAGCUGGAGAGGACACUUGAUUCCCACUUGCCAUAUUAGGGGUCUUUAGUUGGCUGGAGAUUUUGUUGCCGUGGCAACAACGAUGCCCGCCUUAAAGCGUCUUUACGAUUAACCGUGUGUGACAAUGUCCGAACGGCGCAGCAGACAAACGUGGUGCAACCGCGUGGUGCAGUCACAAACAACUGCUUGCCGCCGUGUGUUUAUUAACGCUUGUCCUCAUCCUCUAUCAUGGCAUGUUUGUAAAUGUCUCUGCAGCCAUCGUAAAGGCUUACCAAGGCCAACGGGCAAAGGGCAGUUAACAGUGAAGUCAAUUCGUUCGGCUCACGAUAUGUAGUAGAAUCGCUGCCAAGUCACGUCUUUCAGAGCAAUAAUCGGAGAGAGCUGUUGAUAGUCUCAUUCUUCACUUUUCAUGCCGGUUAAAAAAAUAUUAUGUAUGUUAAUUGUAUGCGCCUUGGACAGUCUUAACGGUGAUGAAGAUAGAAAAGAGGACGUUGGGAAUUCUCGCAGCGGUCAUUUGCACUGUACUGAAAAGUCCUAUUCAUUUCAGUAAGGUUAACGUCGGGGCCUGUUAGCGUGUAUUUGUGUGUUUGGACAGAUGAUGUCAGAGGGAAGAUGACAUCCAUGAGUUGCCUUACUCGCAGCUAUACAUGUGUCAUAGAAAAUCAUGAUUUUUUUAAAAUACAAGCUAUGACUGAUUGGCAUAGCUAGGCUUGGUACUGGCAGAGUAGACUUUUCAGCUCUGCUUAAAGGGACACUAAAGAGCAAAAUGAUUUUUCUCAUAUUAGUGAACUACUCUUUCACGAUACCAAAAAGACCACACUUGCUGCGAGAAGACGCUUAGUAAGCGAGAAAACACACAAAAACAAAAUGUUGGUGGUGACGCCACCUUGAAGUUUCCGCACCAUUCGCCGUGACGUCACAUGUUUUAACGGCGCCUACUAGGGACUACGUAGUUCCUAAUCGGUAAAAAUGAAGUACAUUGUCCUCUGAGGGGACCAUAGACUUAACAUACCAAGUUUGGGUUAAUUUUGUUGAGCCAACGGCGGCAAAAUACGAUAAAUACACUUUGAAGUCCCUGACGUCACGCAGGGAGAUUUCUGUGCGAAAUUUAAAAAUGAAACUUUGAACUUGAUUUUCUCCUCUAUUAAUAAACCUAUGAUGGCCAAAUUGACGACGUUAGAGUUCUCAGAGCAAAAUUUAUCGAUCUAAACCGAUUCAUUGUUUCUCUUUAGUGUCCCUUUAAUUAGAUCUAAAUUUUUAGUUGUAUAUGUAAGACCUAGGAAUGUCAUCUCGUGUGUGCCGGCUAGGAGGUAAUAGGGUGAAAAUGAAAGUGUCAUAUUCUGAAUUGCCACUGCUGUUAAUAAUAAUAGUUAACCACAAUGCUGUAAAAAAAAAGUUCAUAUAACUGGCUUAUUUAAGAGAUGUAUUGAGGUUGUGUAAAAGUUUAGAAGUUGUAGGAUAUGUUUGCGUAAAUUUCUUUUUUUACAUAAUAGCUAAAGGAAUUAAGGGAGAAAAAGAAUGAAAGAACAAUGUCUCAUUUCUUGCUGCUGUGUUAUCGCAUUUUUUCUUCCGAAGUUGCUUGUGGUGCUAAGAGUGCAGAUGUUGUAUGCUUACAGAGUUUAUGUGGUUCCUGUGAAAUUUCAGCUCUUUUUGUAUUUGCCAGUUGCCUAGCUGUGCAUACAUUAGGUUGGCCACGAAAUAUCAUAAGACGGGGCCUCCACGUGGACAUGAAUUUGAUUCUUUGUUAAUGCGAUGCGAAAGUAAAGGAAGACCUUGCUGUAUAAGUAAAUUGUGCUUAUGCAGUACCAGGAAAUGCCGUUCUCACUGUGAGAACAGGCCUAGCGAAACGCAAAAGACUAAAAAAAUAGAAAUGACUGGUGACUGCGACGACAUGUUCAAGUUCCCGCACUAGCUCAUAGCGAUGUCCCGAGUUUCGACAUCGUAGUGAUGUCUUGAUUGCACCAACUUAGCCAUAAAGCUAACUAUGUAUGUUGUAUUCCACUGCUCUUAAGAUUCGGAAACUCCUACUGUUCCGCAACAGUUCUACAAGAAACUAUAUUGGAAUGUAUGUCCUUGCAUGAGUGUCGGCAGGAUUCUGUCUUGGCGGGUGCGAACCCGUGUUGCAUCGAGGCUGGGGGAGGGGGAGAGUACUGGUAUGGCUUCAGGGGGUCAAGUGCCCCUUUUGCACCCCCCUGCCGAUGCCCAUGUGUCCUUGCACUAGCUUCCCGGUGCUGUGCUGUUAUUUAAAUUAUUAAGAUAUUGCUGCAGAAUUAAUUCAUCUGAAAAAUUAGCAUGUUUUAUCGGUCGGAAGCAAUCUAGUGUUCAUCUUUAAGUAGUGCCCCUUUAAUGCACAUGCAGUGUAUCUAACUUAAUUAAUGGAUUACUGUGUUGGUCACAGAAGCUUGUACAGAGGCUGAAACUGGGUGAUAGAGUUCUCAGAAUUCAGUGUUUCCGUGAAUCCCGCAUACUGUGAGCUUUCGUGGCCAACUCUACGCAUGCACAUAAGGGGAAGGAACAAUCCAGAGUGAAGCCUAAUGCCGAAGUGCCAGUAAUUUUAGCGGCUAAAAGCAGAAAAGCACACUUGCCCACGUAAUUUGACUGGGCGCGCAGAAGGUGCCGCGAACACCAGUUUUUCAUUUUAUGGUAAACCUUUUCAUCAAGCCAACACCGUUUGUCCGUUCAUAAUCUCUCCAUCAUGUCCUCAUUGCAUUGCGAAACUUGGUCUCACUUGCACAAAAAAAGGACACUGCAGAUUUAAUAGGUACAAAUGCUAACUUUCAACUGAGGAAUAUGCGUCAAGGAAACAUCUGUAAGUGCAUCGUACAUAUGGAGCAAAAACUCAAAAUACCAAUAAUUAUUAUCGGUAGGACAGAGGCCUCUCACUGAUCUCCAGCUUGUUCAGUCUUGCAUGAUUUGAUUCCUUCUUAAAUUUCAUCACUCCACUUAACUCACUGCCAUCGUUCAAUUCUUUCCCUUCGCUUGGUAUCCACUCAGUUGCUCUAACUGACCACUGGUUGUUUGUCCUACGCAUUAUGUGGCCAGCCCAGGUCCACUUCGUUUGCUUAAUAUGAAUUAGAAUAUCAACUAAAAUCAUUUUAAUAUCAUCUUCAUGUACACCUGUUUGUCAUCUGACCCAUUCUACUGUCUUCUGAUCUCUUAAUGUCACACCUACCAUUUUACGUUCCUCCGCGCGCUGCUUAACAUAUUUCUUUGUUAACGACUACACCUUCUGUGAUACUCAUCCGUAGUCACACCUGUUGUGGUUUUAGUGCUUUUGUUCUACACGUAUGACGCACUUAUGGAUAUUUUCUUGACAUUUAUUCAUCAGUUGACAGUUAGCAUUUGUCCCGUUCAAUCUUUGCAUCCUUUUUUUUUUUUCGCUAGCGCACGUGCAUCUUAACAGAAACCGACUAGCCCAACCCUCAUUGGUCUCCCCAAUCUAAAAGUUCGUAUUGCGCUGUCCCGUCAAAUUGCAGUAUAUUGUCAUCAUUUGUGCGCCGAGCGAUAGUUUGUCUCCUUCCCCCCACUUUUCACCGUCCUGGAGUGCUGUUUAAUUACAGGGUCUGUUACAUUUUUAAUGUCUGAUCUGUCAUUUGUCCCGCUUGUGCAGCUUUAGCAUAUUAACAAAAGGACAAGGCAGAAGAUAAACGAUAGGCACCAUUUCCCUUGACUCUAGCGUGCUGCAGAGUUAACAAGCCUGAUCUCUCAGCAUUUUACUACCAUGGAUUGUGCUACAUUGUGCUACAUCGGGCACCUUGGUUAACAUUGUCUCUCAUCCGCAUUAGAAUUGACUACCAGUCAAGCUGGCUUAAACGUACUGCAGAGUUUUGAAGUCUUUCCCGUUCUUUGUAGUGUCUAUUGAUCGGUACUUUAUAAAAUCUCACAUUUCUGUUGAGUGUGAUUGGAAAUAUGUUAACUACUAGUUGUGGUACGUGCAGGUCUGUCAGUUGCAUGGAUAUAGAACAUUUCAUGUCCAUUGAUUGAGUUGAUAAUGAAUAAAAAUAAGAAAGAACAGCGUAGUAAUAUAUUACUUAUAAGGGUUUAGGUAAGCCUAAAGAGUUAGGAGUAGAACGUUCAAAGGUAGUUUUUGUUAAUUUUGUUAUUGUUCGCUGCAUUAUGGGCUAUUGAAUGUGGGCCUUCAACAUGCAGCAAUUGUGUGUCACAAAAUAUAGUAGCAUAACUUGUGAAAGGGAGAAAAGGAAACCAUUUUAAAUUUCAUUAAUUACUCUUAAGUUUUGCAGCUAUGUCUUGGAAGUCAUUAUGGUGCUGCCUCUUUACAUUGCAGCCUGAAUGAAUUAUAUUGUGAUGUUGCCUUAGAAAUUAAUUUAAGUAUAUAAAAGAAGUUGGAUCUCUGGAGCCAGUGCAAAAAUGUUAACGGGAAUGUGAAGUUUUUAUUAAUACUAAUUAAAAAAAAGUGUCAGCGUGACUGUCUUUACUUGAAGGUGACGCCAAUGUUUUUAGUGUUGUACUUACUCUUUUGUAAUCAUUUGUAUUCACUGAAUACACCACGUUGGGUAACAUCCAUAGGACGCAUCAUUGACAGGUUUUGGGCAUGGUGCAUUGCUUAGAAUAUGCAAGCAUGUUUCGGACAUCAUCAUGAAAUUAGCUAAUAUGUUUUUUAGAGGCAUGAAUCUCAUCAGAGACUUGUUCCCGGAGUGAAAAAAACCCGAAAUUUUCCACUUCUAAAAUGAUUUUUUAAUUGGUCUGUGUAUUAGUUUUUGAGGCUAAAUAAAGUACAAAUUAAACAGUGCAGGAAUUGAAUAUUUUCAAUAAUGAACAGCUGGCUUUCAACAUUAUGAAACAACCUCAUUGGAAUGUUCCGUAUGCCAUUCCAAUAAGUCCGCGUGGUUUCUGUAUAACUUUACGGAGUGUAUGCAGAUUCCAUAUAAAUUUCAUUACAUUUCUAUAACAAUUUUACAGACAACAUAUGGAAUUAUUGUAACGCAUACAGAAUAUUUCAAUUGGAAUGUUCCAUACGCUAUUCCAAUAAAUUCAUAUGAUUCCUGUAUAAUUUUAGGAAGUGUGUGCAGAUGCCAUAAAAAUUCCAUUACAUUUCUGAAAGAAUCUUAUGGACGACAUGGAAUUAUUGUAAUGCAUAUGGAGCAUUGCAAGUGGGAAUAUUCAAAUCCCGGUGUUAACAGCGUCAGCCAUUUUCCGUCAUUUUUCAUUACGAGGCCUUGCUUAUCAAAAUCAUUAAUCGUAGCAUUAGGAACACUGUGUACUUUACAUACAAAAGCCUCAUUGCUAAAUCUAGCCUGCCAAGCUAUGUGCCUGUGUUACACUACGCCUUAUACCUGCUAUAGCUGCAGUGGCAAAAUAUAUUGCAUUUUGCUCAAAUUUUGUGUUCAAUUGCACAAUUGACAAUUUUGAAUUUGAAAACUAUUCACUUCAAAGACUGGAUUGAGUACGAAGUCAUCCGAUU